UACUGCUACUACUACUACUACUACUACUACGGUAGAUCGUAGCACCCGCCCUAUGGAUUGGCAUUGCGAUGAGAAACUCGUCUCAAGGGCUAAUCCACAACGCUAUUGACUAUUGACAUCAUCUCACCAACGGAUCAUUUUUCACUUACUUCAGGUGAAAGGACUAACAUUCUCUCGAUACAUAAAGGGAGAAGAGGAGAAACUGAGUCAUACACUCAUAACUUCUAGCAAUCAAGUGGAGCUAGCAGAGCUGUGACUCAGGUGACUGGCUCAGGUCAGGAAUGGUGGAUAACUUGCCGGUAGGAGAGGAGACCUUCCUGUAUUACGCCAGCUUUCCUGCAGAACAUCACGAAUCGGACAUGGUGAUAGACACAGGUGUCUACCAGGCGGUGCCCUCUCCGUUCUCAGAGGACGACCUGAGUGACUCGUCCAGCCCUUGCUCCUGCUCCAGCCCUGAGUCCCAGGUGCUGGGUUCCAGCUAUGGCAGCAGCUCCAGUGGAGAGAGCCAGGAUGGUCUCCUCGACUUCCUGCUCUCCCAGGCCACCCUUGGAAGUGGAGUUACUCCCACUCUAUCUCCCUCAGUACCACCCAUCCUCCCCAGGGGUCUAGCAUGGGAGUCGAAGACGGACCGCCUGUUUCAGCCAACCAAAGAGGAGUGCUUUGAGUUCCCUGUGUUCCCAGUGGACCUGGAGGAUCAUGUGGGGCUGCUGUUUCAGCCCACCCUAGAGGAGAUAGAGGAGUUCCUGGAGGAGAAUAUGGAGGUGGUAACGUUGAAGAAGGAGGCUAGUGAGGGAGGGAUGUUGGAUGUAGACAGUCAGGUGACAGGGUUAGAACCUGGGCUAGAGCAGUCGGUACCUGUUGCCAGGGCUACUGUCCCCAACACAGUGACCAAAUACACAGCAACAUCCACAAUAACACAUUCCAACGGUUGUAGUGGGAUUAAACAGGAGGAACCUGCUGAAACACCAGCCUCAGGGGAGGGGUCUGGCUUGAUGCCUGUCAUCUUGCAGAUUCAACCAAUCCAGAUUAAGCAAGAGCCCAGCCCAGGUGUGAUACCAACACCAGUACCACCGCAGUCCACCCUGCCCUCCUCAGACAUAAAAAUCGCCCAGCUCCUGGUCAACAUCCAGGGCCAGACGUUUGCCCUGGUGCCCCAGCUGGUGUCUCCAGCUAAUCUCAAUGGUACGUCUUCCAAAUUUGUGCGCAUCGCGCCCGUACCCAUCGCCGCCAAGCCCCUGGGUCUCAGGGAGGGUGGACUUGCAGGUGGCCAGGCUGCAGGGAUCCUGGUGGGAGGACAGAAGUUCCAGAAGAGCUCGGUUACGGACCUUAUAAAAAUGCAUAAGUGCACUUUCCCUGGCUGUGCCAAGAUGUACACCAAGAGCAGCCACCUGAAGGCCCACCUGAGGAGGCACACGGGGGAAAAGCCCUUCGCCUGCACCUGGCCUGGCUGUGGAUGGAGGUUUUCGAGGUCAGACGAACUCUCCAGACACCGGCGCUCUCACUCUGGAGUGAAGCCUUAUCAGUGUCCCAUCUGCGAGAAGAAGUUUGCCCGCAGCGAUCAUCUGUCCAAACACAUCAAAGUCCACCGCUUUCCAAGAAACAGCAGGACAGUGCAAUCCACAAACUGAGCACAUUGACCUCCAGGUCCUGCUAGGCUGAGGCCACGCCACAGGACACAUGGAGAGACAGAGAGAGAAUGUUUGUGAGAGUGAGAGUGAAUGAAUGUGGGAGAUUGCUAAAAGCAGAGGGGACAGUGGGACAGACAGAAUGAAUGUGGGAGAUUGCUAAAAGCAGAGGGGACAGUGGGACAGACAGAAUGAAUGUGGGAGAUUGCUAAUAGCAGAGGGGACAGUGGGACAGACAGAAUGAAUGUGGGAGAUUGCUAAUAGCAGAGGGGACAGUGGGACAGACAGAAUGAACUUUCAAACAACAGUUAAGGGAGAGAGGGUUUGAAUGUUUUGUUUGUUUGUGUGUGUGUGUGUGUGUGUGUGUGUGUGUGUGUGUGACGCACGACGCACGUUGGUGGUACUGUGAUAAUUUAUUGAGUAAUGCAGAGACUCAAAAGAGAACAUUUUGAAAAAACAAGAACAGUUACAUAACAUGACAUCUUCACUGGUGCAUGAUGGGAAGUUCAGUGCUUUAGCGGGAUUUCCACUUAAAGCAAAUUUCCCGCGUUCGCGGAUACUGCAUUCACAGUAAACACUGCAUAUGCCGGCUCAAUCGGAAAUUACUUUUAAAUUGCAAUGUCGCUAUAGCGCUGAACUUCAGCAGCACAGAUUGAAUCGAGUCCUAAGUUUCUUGUAAAUAGCUUUUCUUAAUUUUUGUAGGUUUUUUUUUUUUCAUAAAAAUGUUUAAGAUACGAUUUGAGAAUAUAAAAGAGGUUUUGUUAUGCAAAGUAUUUUUACACUUUGAGGUUUGAAUUAAUUGUUGUUGAUGUACCUGCCUAUCAUUAACACAUCAACAUUCCUUCUGCUGUAUAUAGAGGGAGUUUUUACUAUGUACUUCUUCAAACCCAAAAAUGACAGGUUGUAUUCAAACGUUCAUGUUGAACUACUGAUCAUGAUCAGAAUCAUGCCAUUAUAAGCUACCGGCAACAUGUAGAGGCUGUCUCCUCUUUUCACUACAGGAGCAAUAUGACGACUCGUGCCUGGUAGGCUGGAUCAGCUAACAGUGAACAGCCAACUGCAAUACAACGAGGUGCAGCAAAAAAAUAUUUGAUGUUUUAUGGUGUGUUGUUUAUAUGUGAACCGACUGGCUUUCUGAUCACUAUUGAAGACAUUGAAGAACUUUUCCUUUUGUAUAUUUGUAUACAUUAGCUGGAGGAGCUGUUAUUGUCAUUUUCUUUCAUUUUGUUUUAUGUCAUUGGCGCUUAAAGCUGGCCUUCUCUGGGGCCAAUAUGUCAACUGAGUAGGCCUACGUAGUAUCUGUUUGAAUAUAAUGAUAACACUUAAUCCGUUGGUGACUGUAUUAAAUCUUCAUAGCACAUAAGCAUUGAAUGCCUAGCCUGCCAUGUUGUAUACAGCGUGUGGAUGUCAGUGACAGUCAAUCAAUGUACAGUUGCAAACAGUGCUGGUAGGAGCUACAGUAUGAAGGACUCAAACAAUACACUUCAAUGUCAGUCUAAUCAAUGCUUUCAGUAAAAUAGUUUAACUAUAUUUUUUUAGGGAUUCUUGAAAAACUGCAGCUCCAGUAGCUUGAGGUAAGUCUCCUCGAUAUCAACACAAUCGUCUGCCUCGUGUCAUCAAUGCAUGUUGAUGAAGCACCCUACAGUGUUUCAGAAUUGAACUCUGUUUCAAACUGGAACCCCCAAAAGCCUUUUUAGCAGACACACAGCAGUGCCAACCUAGCCAAGCUUCCUGGGCUAUUACAUUUCAUCUGGAGGAGCUGGAAUUGCAUGGUGCUAUAUUCAGGCGGCAGGGAGCCUAGUGGUUAGAGCAUUGGACUAGUAACCGGAAGGUUGCAAGAUCAAAUCCCUGAGCUGACAAGGUAAAAAUCUGUUGUUCUGCCCCUGAACAACCCACUGUUCCUAGGCCGUCGUUGAAAAUAAGAAUGGGUUCUUAACUGACUUGCCUAGUUAAAUCAAAAUAAAUGUAGUUACCUCCUCUGGAACAUGUGAAGAAGUAAACGGUGGUAGAAAUCUUAGCCUCCAUACACAAGUUCUACAGUCACCUUCCUGAUCUACAGAUGACAUCACAGGAAGACACACGAUUGGUUUAGUGAAAUACAGUACUCAAAUACUGUAAGGUUUAGGAAUGUUUUUAUUUUUAUAAUGCUUUCUUUUCCCUGUACGAAACUGCACUGUCUAUGAUGGCCAUGUCCUUUCUGUGUUAACGUUGUCGGAACCUGAGGGGUCUAGAGAGGGCAGUAGAACUUAUACUGCAGCAAUGCAUUCCUUCAAUCCCCUUUUAAAUGUUUUUAAAAACAGGUUAUUUUAACCCAUGAAUGUAUGUAGAUACUGCAACUACACCUAAAAGGAACGGAAAUAUUAUUGUCAUUAUUUCUGUGAUUUGCGUACAAUUCUAGUGCAUGUGUAUAUAAUGACAAUUCAUUAUAUGUUGUUAUAAAUAUUAUAUACUAUUAUAAAUAUUAUAUAUUUUUCUUUGUUCUACAUACGAUGCAUUUACAAAUUAAACAAAUCCAAAAGAUGGA